CCAAUAUUUUUUUGAAUUGAUACGUGUUAUCUAAAAUUUAACUUUUUCAACAGUAAUUUGAAUUCAAUGUUAUGUGUAAAUAGCACGUUAUGUAUUUCUAUGGUACGAAGCAGUACCUAUAAAACAAGAAGACCAUAAAAUUAUAAGUUAGAAUAAUGAAUAUUAUUUUAGUUUUAUGUGUGUAACAAAUUGCGAGAUAGAGAAGCUAUUGGCUAGUUUUCACUUUCAACAAAAUUUUAUUUUACUAUGUAUAAUGUCUAGAGAAGUAUUUCUUUAUAUGUAGACAAUGAUAAUUUUACUUUUAUAAAAGUAUUGAUGAUUUAUUAUUAAAAAACUUUUCCCUCAAUAUUAAAAACCAUGGCUGAUAUUAAGCCUUCUACUAGUUUUUCAAAUAAUGUAUCAAGUAUCACAGUUUUUAAGGAAAGAGAGAACUCUCUUGGUGACUAUAAUUAUAUGAGCGAAGAACUUAUACAGGAAAAAUUUAGCGAAAAAAGCCCUCUUAUUAAUAAAAUGGAUUCCCUAAAAAUUGGAAUGAGCCAACAAGUCCUCGUUGAAAAUGAACAAUCACAUAAUAAAAAAUGGACUCAAUAUUUGGCUGCUUUGAUAGCAACUAUUGGAGGCUUUAUAGCAGGUACAACUCUAGGAUGGACAUCUCCAACUGGAGAAUUGUUAAAAAAUGGUCAAUAUCCAUUUACAGUCACAGAAGAUGAUCUUUCAUGGAUUGGAUCAUGUAUGCCUCUAGGUGCAAUGUUUGGUUGUUUAUUAACUGGAUGGCUUGUAGAUAAAUUAGGACGUAAAAAUAUGAUGUUGCUAUUAGUUGUUCCUUGCCUAAUUGGUUGGGCAAUGAUCAUAUGGGCUGAAUCAGUAUUGUCUAUGUGUUUGGGACGAGUCCUAACAGGAUUUGCUAGUGGUGCAUACUCCAUUAUUGUUCCUUUGUACACAUCUGAAAUUGCUGAAAAAGAAAUAAGAGGAACACUAGGAACUUAUUUCCAACUUCAAAUUGUUACAGGAAUAUUGUUUACUUAUGUUGCUGGAAAAUAUCUUGAUGUAUUUGGAUUGUCAAUUGCUUGUGCUGUCUUUCCAAUAGUUUAUGCAUGUUUGAUAAUUUUAAUACCUGAAACACCUGUUUUUCAUCUAAUGAAAGGAAAUGUUGAAAAGGCACGAUCAUCAUUAAGAUAUUUCAGAGGUCCUUAUGGUUUAGUUGAUCAAGAACUUUCUGAAAUGCAUGAUUCGCUUGAAAAGACUGAAAGAGAAAGAAUUUCAAUUGUGAAAGCAUUCCAAACCACUCCAGCUAAACGUGGUUUGUUUAUUGGCCUUGGAGUUAUGCUUUUGCAGCAGUUUUCGGGUUGCAAUGCUGUUAUAUUUUAUGCUACGAACAUUUUCACAGCAGCUGGAAGUAAUAUGAAAGCAAGCACAUCAACAAUUAUUGUUGGUGUUAUGUCUGUUGUAGCCACAUACAUUUCUACACUUGUUGUUGAUAAACUUGGAAGAAAAAUAUUACUUCUAAGUUCAGCAUUAGUUAUGGGUAUUUGUACAGCAUUGAUUGGUGUGUUCUUUUACCUUCAAAAUUCCAACUAUGAUGUAACCUCAAUUGGAUUUAUUCCAUUAAUAUCAUUGUGUAUAUUUAUUAUACUAUUUUCUUUUGGUUUUGGUCCUAUUCCUUGGAUGUUAAUAGGAGAAAUAUUUCCAGCACAAAUAAAGGGUACUGCCUGUUCAAUUGCUUGUUUGUCAAAUUGGUUUUUUGCUUAUCUUGUUACCAAAUUCUACUCAUCUUUGGUAGCUUCUAUUUAUAUUUACAACACAUUCUGGUUGUUUACUAUGUUUAGCAUUUUUGGUGUAUUUUUCGUUAUUUUUAUUGUCCCAGAAACUAAGGGUAAAUCAAUGGAUGAAAUUCAAGAAAUGCUUGGUGCUAGUAAUGACCUUGUACACUCAAGUACAGUUCAAGUUACUUCUAUCAAUAAUAUUCAAAAAUUUUAAAAUUACAGUGUACCAUAAAUUUAAUUUAUAACAAAAUUAAUUUAUGUUUUUGAAUGUAAAUUACACAAGUAUACAAUCUGUUAAAAGAUUUUUACUAGUACAAUAUUUUUAAUAAGUAAUUUUAUAACUUAUAUAAAUAUGUAUAAUUCUUUUUAAUACCCUUUCUUAAAGUCCAAUAUUUUAAACUAUUUUUCAUUACAUUAUAAAUUUCUAAAUAACAAUAUAGUUUUUCUAUAUGUGUAAUGAUUAUCCUUUAAAUCUAACAAGUAAUCAUUUGUUUACUCUUGUUUUUUUAUUAUUUUACUACUUGGGACUUUAAAAUGUGGUUACCAGUAAUGUAUAGUCUAGUCCUGUUGUGUAUCAUUUUUAAUUUAUUUCAUUUUUGAAACUAUUUUGUCAUAUAUAUUAUUUAUUAGCAUUUUCAUUUUAAUUGUUAAUGACCCAUUAUAUUUAUUAAUUAAUGUUGUUUGAAAACUGUAGCAAUUACUAUUUAGUUUUUAAUGUAUAUUAAUAUAUUUUAAAUUUAACUGUAUAUGAACCUGUGAUAUUUAAAAACAAAUGUUUCAUGAGAUAAAAAUACGUGGAAAAAUAAAUGUUUGUGUAUUUUGGUAAGUAAUUACAACUUAGUUGUAUACAUUUAUCUAUCUUUUUAUAUAAUUUGAUUAUAUAAUUAUAAAUUUGAGUCAUAAAUAAAAAUGUUUUCAUUUUUCUUGAUUAA